AUGAGUCAAGAGAAAAAUAUUGGGGCAAUCAAUCUAGGCCAAGGCAAUCCUUCAGCGCCUCAAGGCCAGCAAAAUCCCCAGCAUCGAUUUCAAGAAAAUCCUCCUGCGUAUGGAAAUCAACAGAAUUUCCCAGUAAAUCAAGGGCAGUCAAAUCCUGCUACGUAUCCAGGCCAAGCAAAUCCUGCCAUGUAUCCAGGCCAAGCAAAUCCUGCCAUGUAUCCAGGUCAAGCAGUUCCUGCUAUGCAACAAGGCCAAGCCAAUCCUGCAGUACAACUAGGCCAAGUAAAUCCUGUCAUGUAUCCAGGUCAAGCAAUUCCUGCCGUACAACAAGGCCAAGCAAAUCCUGCGCUCUAUCCAGAUUCCAAUGUUGCUGCAAUAAAUCAAGGCCAACAAAUCCUCAACAUGAAUCAAACGCAAAUCAACCUAAAAAUCGAUCAAGGCCAACAAAAUCCUGUCGUUACCCAAACUGAAGUCACCGAGACGUAUGAUUCUCGCAAUGCUUGCCAUUGGGUUGGCAACGUCUUUUGGUUAAUUUGUGGUGGCUUCAUCUUGGCACUUCAAUGGGCUCUUUUGGGCGUUGCAUUUUCAGUCACGAUUAUUGGUAUUCCAUGCGGCCUUGUCUGCUUUAAGAUGGCUAUGUUAACAUUAUUACCAUUCGGCAAAGAUGUCAGUGGCAUAAAUCCGGUAUCUCGGGAAGACGAAAAGAGUUGUAUAACAUGCUGUGGCAACGUACUCUGGUUACCUUUUGGAAUUUUAUUCGCGAUCGAGCACUUCCUCCUAGGUUUAGUUCAGUUUAUAACUCUAAUAUGCAUCCCAUUUGGAAUUCAGAAUUUCAAAUUAGGGAGAAUUGCAUUGUGGCCGUUUGGCUACCAUUUAACUGCUAUGCGUGAAAAAAAGACUGUUACUACAUCUUCAACUAAUGUUCCUGCAAAUACUCCAUAA